AUGGAGAACUUCGAUCAUGCUUUCGACCUGCCGUGCGCCAGCUCCGUGAAGGCCAUGGCCUGGAGCCCGAGCCUGCGGUGCUUGGCUUCGGGUGGCGAUGAUGGAACGAUCCGGGUUUGGGACCUCGUGCGGAAGCAAAGCCUCUUCCAGCUAUCAGAGUGCAAGGAGUGCAUCUCCAGCUUGAGCUGGAGCUCUCGAGGUGUCCUGGCUUUUGGCCACCCCAAAAGCAAAGAGAUAUGCCUGGCCCUCCUUGAGGAGCUGCCCUCGCAAAGCUCCGAGGCUGUCGAGGUCAGCCCAGCUGCGGUUUCGGAGGCAACCGAGAGUGCUCCCUCCUUCGUCCUGUCGGUGCAGAUGGUGUCCAGUGCAUCUGGGACAGGAGCAUCUCCUCCUCUAGAGACUGCCGCGGCAUCCCCGGAAGGCGACCGCGGCGAGGCAGCUUGGCACCACAGUUCAGCUUGCUUCAGAUCGACAUCUUACACUCUUACUCGUUGUCAAACCUUCAAAGCGUCACGAUCACAUCUCUAUCAGGCUUCCAGAGAACUUCCGGGAAUCCUUGCUGUCAAGUUGAAGCGCUGCAACACGACAGGGUUUCGUCGUGCAGAUUCAGCGCGGCCGGGACGCCGGGCUUUGUCGACCGUACCCUUGGAUACAGAGCAGCGUUCCGCACCCUUUGAUGAGUAA